AUGUCUACGUCUAUCUGGGACAGUGACGAGUUCAUGCAAAAUUGGGACAAGAAAUACGUUUCGACGAACCUGAAGAAGGGAGCAAAGCCAUAUACUAAAGACUUCUACUUGGGCCUCGACCAAGAAUUAUCAGACAUAUCUACGGAGCUGAGGCCAAUCAGCUCUGCCAUAUUAGUGGUCUCCAGCUGCGCGGUCGGGAGAGCGGACAUUGCUGGUCGACUGUUCGACGACCUUACCCUGAACUCCCCGCCAGAGGAGUCGUCGCAGCUCUUUAUCCGGUUGCGCGAGGCAGUCUUAAUGACCUUCCCUUUCUUGGGCUUACCAAAUUGCAUUCCUGCAUGCUAUGGAAUGAUUGGGGUACUUGAAAGAAAAGGUGCUGCUUAUGGCAGCACUGAAUCCCUCAGAGCUCCAGCGAUGACGAGUGAAGACGUCCGCAAAGGUUCGGAGCUCCGUACGAAAAUCUACGCUCCAGUAGGCAACUCUGAGAUCUUUGGCCUGAUGAGCAAAUACUUCAGAGACGUCUCAUCUACCCAUCUUCAAUCAUUAGACGAAGAUGAGCUGGCACUGACUAUGGCGUUUUGCAAAGACAACUCCUCCACUGGCUUUACAUGGGGUUACCUUGUUUCCAAAGCUAACGAAGAGGUAUUUAGCGUCCAGCAAUCUCAUCUGAUCAUUGCCGCGGCUAUUUCGGCGCUGGGCGCCACGAGACAGACAAGGAGUCAUAUCAAAGCGACACUAGGAUUAGGGUGGGAGCCGGAAGUUGUCAAAGAUGUGCUCAGGGUAGUUCUCAAAAUCGCAGAUUGGGCGAAUAAACCCAUUGAAGGGCUCGAAGUCGAUUCGUUCGUGACAGAGUGUCAGAAACGCAUGGUGCAUUGA